UAUUUCUUCUUUCAUAACAAAAAGUGACAGGAAAGAUACCGAAAUAAAUCGAUGUUUUGUGUUUCAUGACGGUAUUACACCAUGAAUGAUCUCAACCAAGUUACUAAGGAUGCUGAAAAGAAGUUUCCUCAUUAUGGAGAAUAUGCAAGGUGCCAAUCGAAAGCUCAGAUGACAGGGGUUGUAUCAUUUGUUGUAGCUGGGGCAACAGCAGUUAUUCUGCAAGAAUUUGGAAACCAACAUAUAAAAACAUUUUUCAAAUCUCAAUGGACCAUCCCUCCAAAGGCUAGAAUAGUAGCCCCCAUGUUGUUUGGGGCUGCUGUGGCAUAUUAUGUGACUAUGAAACAAUCAAAGAACUGUCAGUACAUGUGGAUGGCAAUGGAAGGAAAACAUACAGCUCUAAGUAAUAUAAAUGGGAAUGGAAUUGGAGAAAACAAUAAGCAGUCUGUGUAAUAACAUUGUAUAUUACCCCAGAAGUGGUCAAUCUAAACAAAAAUGUUAUUGAACAGCCCUCAACUCAUCUCGAGGAUUUAUCAGCUCAAAAUCAUUCUAUGUGUUCAUCUUACAGAAGAUGUCACACCAAGCAGUUAAUAGCGUUAUAAUUUUAGAGCUAAAAAGCUAUAGGAAAGAAGUGCUAAAGGCAAUAUGUUUUGUCAAGCUAAGUACAGUAAGAGGCCAGUAAAUCAAUCACUAAAUAGUCAGCCUCAAUACUUACUAUGCUAUGCAUGUAAGAAUGCAUUUAACAUUUGUGUUUACUUUAUUAAGUUUAAAUUGUAAAUAUAGUAUAGUGUACAUAAUUUGUAUGGAAAUGUUGUUGACUAAUUUUGGGUUAUUUUUGGGGAAAACAUAUUUUCUAUAAAAAAAUUGAGGGUUAAGUAAGUUAGAUCAAUUCUGAUACAGUAUCUGAUGGGAGGGGUACAACUUUCUCAUUG